AUGGUCUGGGCCCUGGACCAAGUCGCCCAGGAUGCCGCCAGUCUCUUGAACCCUGACGACAUGGAUGAAGAGGCUCUGCUCGAGGCUGAAGUUAUCUACCAGGAUGAAGCGGCCAAGGGCGUCUGUGACACUACCAAAUGCGGCGAAAAGUGCCGAAACGGUGACCACGAGGCCACCCAGACUAACGGUCAACCUGGGACAUUGUCAACCAUGGACCGCUGUCCCAAAGAUGAAUUCCGGAGAGUCUGCUGCAGCAAGGGCUCUAUUAUGGGCACCUGCCGGUGGAGAGAAUACCGUGGGCUGGCGAUGUCUUGUAUGGGCGGCUGUGCGGAGGGGGAGGUGUCUAUCAUAGAAAACAGCAACAGCCGGACGGACAAGGAGGAUCAGAGCUGCACGGGCGGCACGCAGACCUACUGCUGCUUAGGGUUCAAGCCUCCAAUCUCCAAGGAGCAGAUCGCUGAGACCAUCAAGGACGAGGCAACCGACGCAGCGAUUGCGGCAGCGGAAGCAUUGGCGCUGGAGGUUGCGGCGAAAGCUUUCUGCCGCAUCGCCAUCAUGGCAGCGACUGCGCCACUGCGGUUCAUCCCUUUUGUCGGCAAGUCAAGCUCAAGCAACAUCUCUUUGUAA